UCUCACAAUCCAAGUGUUAGAAAACAGAGAAAAAAAAAAGAAAAAGAAAAAAGAGAAAAAGAUUUUGUCUGCCUUUCUGGGAAUUUCACAGACCUUUUAACACUUGUCUGUUUUUCUCUGUCUUCUGCAGCUGCAUAGUAUAUACUGGGAACCCAUUUGACUCUUAACUUAUGUACUUAGGCCUGAAAAAAAGCUAAGUAUGUCAGGUUUAUAUAAUAAUAAUCACAACUUCUCACCUUCUAGAGCUGCAUCUCCCCAGAUUAGAACUUCUAAUCCAGAUGUUGACAGUAAUCAGUACUUGUCAGAACUGUUGGCUGAACAUCAAAAGGUUGGUCCAUUCAUGCAAGUUCUUCCCAUUUGUAGCACUCUCUUGAAUCAAGAGAUCUUAAGGGUAUCAGGAAUGACGCCAAACCAGAUUCUUGGCGAGCUAGACAGAUUUCGGCAUAGAAGUCCAAGCCCUAUGACUUCAGCAAACGUUAUGUCAAAUGUUGCUGGAACUGGAUUAGGUGGUUGGAGCGGACUUGCGCAGGAGAGAUUAAGUGGACCUUCUGGAAUGUCAAUGGACUGGCAUGGGGCACCAGCAAGUCCUAGUUCAUACACUGUGAAAAGGAUAUUGCGCUUAGAAAUUCCAUUAGAAACUUAUCCAAAUUUCAAUUUUGUUGGGCGACUUCUGGGUCCGAGGGGAAAUUCUUUGAAACAGGUGGAAGCUACUACAGGAUGUCGUGUAUAUAUUAGAGGAAGAGGGUCAAUAAAGGACCCCGAUCAGGAGGAGAACCUACGCGGAAUACCAGGAUAUGAGCACCUGAAUGAACCACUCCAUAUUUUAAUCGAGGCGGAUUUACCAGCCAAUAUCGUGGAUAUUAGAUUGAGACAGGCACAAGAAAUAAUAGAGGAGUUGCUCAAGCCAGUGGACGAAUCACAAGAUUAUAUAAAGAGACAACAAUUGUACGAACUUUCCAUGCUAAAUUCAAAUUUCAGGGAAGAGAGUCCUGGACCAAGUGGCAGUGUCUCUCCUUUCAAUAGUGGUGGAUUGAAACGUCCCAAGACCGGCCGUUGAGAGUUAGUUCAGACAUUCAAGUUGUUGAUCCCAUUUUCACUUGAAUUCUUAAAGUCAUGCCAGAGUAUUCUUCUCAACAUAUCUCAUACUAAACACGUCCCUUGUGCGGGCGACGUUGUGGUUGGCUUGUGGACUUCUAUUUAUUUUUUUUUCAACAAAAGAAACAAAAAGAAAGAGAGUAUAGAGGAAGAAUAGAUCUCGUGGGUUAUAUAGUUGGCUCUUUGAAUUAGUUUUGGUCAUGCCAGUUCUUGUAAACUUCUUCCAUUGGAUUUAUUUUUGUGUUAGUAAUUGCAAUAUAAGAUAUUACAUUAUUACUGUCUCAGUGUA